GUCUGUCCUUGUUGAAAGGAUGCCAGUUCUAGAUGAGGCGACUUACAGUGUAAAGAGGGUUGGUUUUUUGCCAAGAACUGUUUCAACUUCGACUGGAGCUUCACUUGAUCUUCCAAAUGGAGUUACAAAAUCAACAACUGCCCCUCUUGUUGAUUUACUAGAUCUAAGUUCAGAUGAUGCACCAGCACCUAGCCCUUCCGAUGGCAAUUUUCUUCACGAUCUUCUUGGUGUUGACUUAUCACCAGCUUCAUCACAACCAGGUACCGGUAAUGCUCAAAAAAGUGGCACAGAUGUUUUAUUGGAUCUUUUGUCAAUUGGGACUCCAGCUCAAAGCAGCUCAUCUACAUCGGACAUUUUAUCCUGUAAUCACGGUUACGGUACUUCUGAUGAUGGUGCAUUAGUGAGUCUGUCAUCACCUUCUGCGCAAGCCUCUUCUCCUGCAGGUGGUUCUAUGAUGGAUUUGUUGGAUGGCUUUGCUUCCAUCCCCGAAAAACUUGAAGACAAUGGUCCUGCUUCUCCAUCAAUAGUUGCAUUCGAGAGCAACUCCUUGAAGAUAAUGUUCAACAUCUCAAAGCCUCCUGGAAACCCACAAACAACACUUAUUGAGGCAAAUUUUAUAAACAAAUCGCCUAAUGUCUAUACAGAUUUUAUUUUCCAGGCAGCUGUUCCGAAGUUUCUUCAACUGCAAUUAGAUCCAGCUAGCAGUAAUACCCUGCCUGCAAGUGGUGAUGGGUUAAUUACACAAAAUAUGCGAGUUACGAACAGCCAACAUGGCAAGAAAUCCCUUGUCAUGCGCAUACGGUUAGGUUACAAGAUGAAUAACAAAGAUGUUUUGGAGGAAGGACAAAUCAAGAAUUUCCCUAGUGAAUUGUGAGGUUGAUUGGCCCUCAAAGUUGUGAAAGAUGAUGAUGUAUGAGCUCUUUAUUUUUCCAGGAGAAGUGUCUUCUCCCUGUCUGUAGUGUUAGUGCAGCAAUCUUUUUUAUUUUGAUUCUAUUGUCUGGUGGGCAAUGUGGCUUGUAGCGGUUAGGAUUUUGGGUGAUUUUGAGCAUGUGGUACAUCCGAUGCUUCAUCUUGCAACUUAUUUUCUUUGGUUUGAGGGUGGUUAGUGUACAUUAUGAUUAGAUAUUUGGUAUACGGAAAUUAAAAUUUUUCUUUGUGGUACAUAUUGGCAACUUGAGGAGCUCUCUUGUUGGUAAAAGUCGGCAAUUUUUGAACUCGAUACCUUUAUUUUUGUUAUAUAUUCAAAUUAUAUGGCAAAAAUGUAAUAUAUGCAUCAAAUUUGAAUUGUAAUUUU